AUGAAAGAGAAACAAAAAGAGACGAGUGAUCGUGGCUUUGCCCACGUUGUCAUCUGCGAAGAAUACGAGAAACAAACAAAAGGUGGUCUACUAGCCAAAAUAGAGGAAGACUCCUCUAAAUCUAAACCUUUUCUCACCGUGAAUCAUGCUAUCACAGAGAAUCACAUUGUCCCAUUUUCUGAUUUCAGAGGAGACUGCGAUGGUGAGGAUGAUAUUGCAGAUGAGGCCUAUAAUAGUGAUGGAUACGAUAACGAUGAAUAUGACGAUGGUGAUGGUGAUGGUAGUGAAGAGAAUAAAGAGUUUGACGCAUGUGAUCAGAAGAACACAAGACAAAAAAGGUUGCUCGAGCUGUAUUCCUUGGUGGCAGAAGAAAAAAUAAAGAAUCAAUUACCACUUGCUCCCGUUGAUGCUUACUUGAAAUCAAACUUAUGUGGAUAA